CAGUAACCUCAUCUUUCACCAGCACAGUGAAAACUGACAAAGGAAUAGUACCUACUGAGGAACAUCUAGUGUAAACGAGUUCAUCCACAUUUGCACGGAUACAAUGGGCAGAGCUCAAUAAUCCCUAGUCCUUGAUAACAUGGAUGUGGAAUAAUAGGACUGCAACUGGAAAGGAUCCAAUAUGGCUGCUCAGAGAAUCCGUGCUACGAAUAACAACUACGUGCUCCCCCGCUGCAAAUCAGAAGGGACCCUCAUUGACUUGAGUGACGGGAUGCCUGAGCCAAGCUUCAGUGAUGUCAAAGUGCCUUCUCCAAGUGCCUUACUCCUGGAUAAGUCUGCCUCCUUUGUAGAUGCACGAGAAGUUGUUGCCCUCAAGGACUACUGCCCCACCAGCUUCACCACUUUGAAGUUCUGCAAGGGAGACCACCUAUACGUGCUGGACACCUCCGGAGGAGACUGGUGGUAUGCCCACAACAACACCGAAAUGGGUUACAUUCCUGCUGCCUACGUCCUGCCGGUCAGCCAUCGCAACUCCUCUCUCAGUGACAGCGGGAUGAUAGACAACCCCGGGCGCAGUGCCAAUGAGGGAGCCAAAGAACUUGACUUCCUUGGGGAGUGGACGGAGGUCGUCACAAAGCAGUCUACCAAGAUGUAUGAGAACAAUCCGUUUCUGAACUGCUCCUCCACCAACCCCUUUCUCAAUGGGGUUGUGCAGCCACCGCUUGAUCAGAAUAGCAGCGAGCAGACGGGUUUGAAAGCGGUGGACUUGCUUCUCUUUGACUCCCUUUCCCCUAUCUCCUCUACUACCAACAGUGUCAGCAACAGCAUCUUUGACAACACUCCCUCUAGUCCAAAGCUGGAAGUGUGCCAGGCGCUGAGGCAGGACAAUCCUUUCUUCAGGAGCAAGCGUUCCUACAGCCUUUCAGAGCUCUCUAUCCUCCAAGCCCAGUCCAAUGCCCCUCCGGCCUCCUCUGGGUUCUUCUCCGGUUUGAAAGCCCCGGCCCCAGAGCAAUUCCAGAGCAGGGAGGACUUUAGGGCAGCUUGGUUGAACCAUCGGAAGCUUGCCAGAUCUUGCCAUGACUUGGACUCUCUCGGCCAGAACCCAGGCUGGGGUCAGACGCAACCGGUGGAGACAAACAUAGUGUGCAAACUGGAUAGCUGUGGUGGGGCCAUCCAGCUACCAGACACCAGCAUCAGUAUUCACAUCCCUGAGGGCCACGUGGCUCCUGGAGACACUCAGCAGAUCUCCAUGAAAGCCCUGCUAGACCCACCGCUGGAGCUCAACAGUGACAAGUACUCCACAGUGAGCCCGGUGGUGGAGAUCAAGCUGAGCAACAUGGAGAUCAAGACCUUUAUCACCCUGGAAAUGAAAGUGUCUGUGGAGGUGAAGAAGGACAGCAGAAACACAGCCGAUGUUGUCUGCGUUAGGAGUGACUGCAAAGAAGGGCCUUACUCCCCGAUACCCCAAGCAUACAUCUGUGGGGACACUGUGCAGGUGCAGCUAGACAACUUGGAGCCCUGCAUGUAUGUGGCGGUGAUCGUUCAAGCACAGAACCUUACGCAACCCUCCACGGUAUGGGAUCACGUGGUGAAGAAAGUCACUCUUGGUGUGUAUGGGCCUAAACAUAUCCAUCCCUCCUUCAAAACCGUGGUGGCUAUUUUUGGGCAUGACUGUGCACCCAAGACCCUGAUGGUGAGCGAGGUGGGGAAGCAGGCCCACAGUGCCCCUCCAGUGGCCCUACAGCUAUGGGGGAAGCACCAGUUUGUGCUUGGGAGGCCACAGGACUUGAAAAUCGGAAUGUAUUCCAAUAUGUCCAACUACGAGGUCAAAGAGAAUGAGCAAACCAGGAUCGUACGGGGGUUUCAGGUGAAGCUGGGGAAAGUGAGCCGAUUGAUUUACAUGAUCACGUCCCGCAACGUGGAUGACCUAUCGGACUUCACCCUCCGGGUUCAAGUGAAGGAUGACCACGAAAUCAUCCUAGCGCAGUUUUGCGUACAGACGCCUCAACCCCUGCCAAAAACAGGGGUACAGACCACAGGGCAGAGGAGGUUCCUCAAGAAGAAAGAGGUAGAGAAGAUUUUACUGUCUCCACUCGCUGUAACAACUAAAUAUCCGAUGUUCCAAGACCGAUGCAUCACUAGUUUGAAGUACGGCAAGCUCCUCAAGACCGUGAUGAGGCAAAACAAGAACCAGUACCUCUUGGAGUACAGGAAGGGAGAUAUGAUUGCGUUGCUUAGUGAGGAGAAAAUCAAAUUGAAAGGACAGUUAUGGACCAAAGAGUGGUAUAUAGGGUACUAUCAAGGCAAGAUAGGACUUGUGCAUGCCAAAAAUGUGCUGGUGGUCGGCAAAAUCAAACCUAGCUUUUUCGGGUCUGAUCUCACAACUACAGUGCUUCUGGAUCAGAUUUUGAAACCUUGCAAGUUCUUGACGUACAUCUAUGCGUCAGUAAGGACGAUGCUGAUGGAGAACAUUGGCAGCUGGAGGGCGUUUGCCGAUGCGCUGGGCUACUACAAUCUGCCGCUGUCAUUUUUCUGCCGAACUGAUAUAGACAGUGAGCCGGAAAAGGUGGCCUCGGUGCUGGAGAAGCUGAAGGAGUAUUGCAACAACGGUGACGACAAAGAGAGGAAGUCCUUCCAGAAGUACCUCAUGACAGCCUUGCUGAAGAUAGACUGCCAGGGCCUGGUUGCCCGGCUCAUCCAGGACUUUGUGCUGCUCACCACGGCUGUGGAGCUGGCUGCGAGGUGGAGGGAGCUGGCAGAGAAACUGGCCAAGGUCUCCAAGCAACAGAUGGAUGCCUACGAAGCUCCUCACAGAGACAAGAAUGGAGUGCUAGACUCUGAGGCGAUGUGGAAGCCAGCCUAUGACUUCCUGCUGACCUGGGCUGCCCAGAUGGGGGACAGCUACCGCGAUGUGCUCCAGGAACUCCAUAUGGGGCUGGACAGGAUGAAGAACCCCAUCACCAAGCGCUGGAAGCACCUGACUGGCACACUGAUCCUCGUCAACUGCCUGGACGUCCUGAGAGCUUCGGCCUUCAGCCCGGCUGUGCAGGACGACUUCGCCAUUUAACACCCCGGAAAAGACUCUGCCAGGGGUUCACUAUUCAUUUACUAUUUCAAACGUUUUAAAACCCUUUCUUUACCCCUCCUAUUUUUUUUUCCUACCAUUGUCUAAUAAAUCCUACUGACUAAACAAAAUACUCAGAGUACCCAAUGGUGAAAUACCCAGGGGUCACACUCCUUGAAGUAUUUGGGACAAGUCCAGAACCGGGAGAUGGUCCGCUUUACUCCACUCAGACCCCCCCUUGCUUACUAAAUAUCUUGGUAUCCCUGAAUAAAUAAUCACCAUGUUGUUCAACCAGCCUGUUAGUCGGUUGCUGUUGCAGAAACACAUUUUUGGGAGGGAUAAAAUGAACUAAUGUCCUAAGUUUAGAAAUAAAAAAAUAACUUUGUUCAAUGACAGAUGUUCUGAUGAGGAAUCUUUCUCAGUGACAUUGAAGACUAGGGGGUGCUGAUACUUGAGUAAUUACCUUUAAGAGGUAUUUGUCCACAGAUAUUAAAUUAAUCUAUUUACUAAUGUGUUGUUCUCUAUCAAGUUUGAAAUGUAACUAUUACCUAAUGGGUAUUUAUCCUUAAAGACCCUAUAACCUGAAUAGAUAUAACAAAGACUGCUCGUCAAAUGCAGUCAUGCCCGACCCCGAGGGCAUACAUAGACCGCAGGCAUAGAUCUCAAUAUCAUUUUUCCUUUCAUCUGACCUGAUUGAGAGAGACUACAAACAGAUAACUGCUGAAGAUGCUUUUAUCUGCUUAUUCACUUGUGUAAUUACACUGUUAAUGUGAUUAUAAUUAUAUUACAUGACUAUAGUAAUUGCUAUUUACACGUAUUGUGCACUCAGCCAUGGUUUUUGGUAUUCCCUCAGUGGCCUUGUGCUCCGCGCUAAGCCAGCGGCUCCGUUGCCCCUUCCCCUGGAUCGAAUACCUUAAGUCGACUACUUGUGUUCUCUCUGAGACUGCUAGCUUCGUUGAAGUUGAAUAUAAAAAUGUUGUUUUUUAUUAUGAAAAUUAUGCAUAAUUAACAAUAAUAAUAAUAAUAACAACAAGUUUACUGUUUUGUGUGGGGAAAAAUAGUUUUUCUGUGUGUCUUUUUCUCUGUCUUUUCACAGAAAUUGUAGCGCACCUGUUCGACCGAGACCCGCGGUUCGUGUUAAAACUGCUUGCAGUUUUUUCCCCACAGUGUCUUGUUGCCACAUUAAUUCUGCUUGUGUUCGCACUACUGUUCAAAGUAGAAGCUGUACUGUGGAACGUGACGUCAAAUUCAGUGGACACAGGUGCACAGAGGAGUGGUGUGGAUUUGUUUUGAAUGAUCACGAGGUCAUACUGUCCAAAAUGAUAAAGUCUACCAAAAGAUUUCACAGGAAUUGAGAAAUAUGGGACCGCAGCACCAGUGCUUAAUUUGUAAAGAAAGUGGAGCCAGGCUCAAGCAAUGACAAUAAUACCGCCCUAAGAACCGUACAUUCAAAAUCAUAACACGUUUAUUUGAAAGAGUAUUGUACGUACUAGUGUUAGAUGUUUACAAUCACGUAUUCUACAUUAUAUACAAAGUAGUAGUAUGGGCAGAAAAAGUAAUUAAAGGCAACCGCAGGACAAAUAAGAAAUAAAAAAAAACCUUUAUACAUGUUUUGUUAUGGUUUUGCAUUUAAACGGUUUAAAAAAACAAACAAAUUAAAAGGCAUUCAGAGGACUCCAGAAGGACGACAUUGAUUAAAAAAAAUAAAAAUACGCACCCCAACACGAACAUUGGUUUGACCCAUGGUCUGCACUAUUAUCAGCGAUAAUAGUGGUAGAUUACAAAAAAGAUUACCGUAUUACUUCAAUUUGGCGCCGCUGCGUUUAUUUUAAAUUGAUCAAAAUGACCGAUGAUGGCUCGGCGCGGGUGUGCAAGUGUAAAAAGGCUAUUAUAAUAGGUUUCCUCAGUUUUUGGACUGUUCGAUUAACCAAGAGCAAUGUAGGUGGGCAUCCCUAUGAAUCACUCCUGUGGUAACUGUGGGUCCAGACCUGCUCCUUUUCCUGCCGGUACACUGUACAUCGAACGAGGUUACCAUUCCGAUUCACUAGCAGUUGCUGGGCUCAGCUCUGCUUCGGGUCUGGCUGUCUGUAGUGUUUCGUUGCCGCCCUGGUCUCUGCAUGUAGUGCCAUUGCGAAGGCUGUCACGGCUCUGACAGCAGGCUUUUGCCAGUCUUAGGAUUGUGUCGGUUUGCCAGAAGCGCUUAGGUGGGCACCCCUAUAGUCUGCUUAAUUGGUAAUUGUAGGCCCAAGCCUACCCUGUUCCCACCGGUACAAUUUUGUACAACGAAUGAGGUUACCACUCUGAUUCACUACACAGUUGCUAGGCGAGCUCUGCGUCGGGUCUGAUUGCUUGCAGUCUUUUCCUGCAGUGUUUCAUGCCGUCUUGGUCUCUGCUUGCAGUACUGUUGCGAAGGCUGUCAGGGCUCUGACAGUGGGCUUUUCCCAGUCUUAGGGCUGUGUUGGUUUGCCAAAAGCUAUAUAGAUGGGCAUCCCUAUAUAUUGCUUCUGCAGUAACUGUGGGUCACAGACCUGCUCCGUUCCCGACAUGGUAUACAUACCGAACAGCGAACGACGUUACUGCACCAGGGUACCCGAAUUGUGCUGUACCAGGUGUACCGUACCGAGUGUACCAUCGAACCAGACCGUACCUAAGGUACCACCACCGAGUCUAGCAUUCACUGAACCGUGCCUUACAAGGUACUUUACAGCAGCACUAGUGUUCAGGCAUGGUGCAGCUGGGAUCCGAUUGGUUCAUUUUACUGUCUGCUCUGUUCAACCUCGGUUCGUCACCGUUCAGACUUGGUUAAAAAGGGGGUAUUGUAGUACAAAACAGUGAUACCAUCUCUGGUUCAAGACCAGAGGUGCUCUUCCUGUUUGGGACCGGAGCAUGCAAAGGAGGCACUCGCAGAACGCAGUUUCUUUGAGUUUUAUGUGUCCUCUAAGCGUACGCUAGAGAAACAGGUGACUCACAGCUCCGUGGAGCGGUCCACAUCUGUACCACCAGGACAGGGCUCCCCAUCAUCAUCCCUUUAAGGGGAUGGCUGCAUCCUUCUCUGAGGGCGCUGUGCUAAGGGAGAGCAGGAUUGUUGAACAAGUGACACGGUCUUCCUCGUCAUCCUCUGCCUCUCCCUUCCUUCCUCCUGUUUCUAAAAAGAGGAGGAGAAAAUGUCACUGGUCUCAGAUCAGUGGACUCUGGAAAGCUGGACAAGCUCUGGGAAGCUGUUUCUCAGCAAGGCACAAUAGUGGCUGAGUUGUUGCAUGAGCGCACUGCUCUGCCAGCCCCCGCUGUUCUCUUGGAGCAACAAGGGGCACCAAGCGCAGACUCACAACAAGACAAUCUGCUUUCCAUCGCCGCCUCUGAGGAGAUGGGUGAUCCAGAGUUACCCUUCUCUCUGUCGGCACAGCUUCUGCUUCUGCUUCUGCUUCUGAUUAAAAGAGCUACUGAAGCAUUACAAGUCCCUUGGCCUAUUGAUGAGACACGGAAACAGUCCAUUUUUGAGGACCAGCCUACGUCCUCUCACACUUCCCCCCCCCCCCCCCCCCCCCUUGCACCCGGAUUUUCUUUUCGAGGUGCACUCAUCUUGGGGUCACCCGGCUACAGCUCCGUCUGUUUCCCUGCCUUGAGUUCCCUCCAGUAGAUGCGGCCAUCGCUUCUUUGGUGCAGACACCCAAGUUAGCGCUCUUUUAUAAAGACGCUACCUGCCCAAUAAACAGUGUCAGGUCUCAGAGGUGAUCCUUAAGCGGGCUUACUCAGCUGGUGCGUUCGCUGCACGGCUGGGUAAUUUAUAACAGCAUUUCGGUAGCUUUCCAAAGCUGUCUGCUUAGGUCUCUCUCCCAGAACCACAGACACACACCGCAACAGUUAGAUGAGCUGCGGCUUGUUAAUAAGAACAUAUCUCUAAGCUGAACAGACAGGCAGUGGGCAGGAAUCUCUCCCAGGCACGAGUGGCUGACGGAGGUAAAGCAUUGCUGUUGGAUUACACCUGGGCAUACUUUUGGACCCGCGGUAGAUGAGAUGCUACAAUGCUGUCAACGCACAAGAGAGUCCACACAGGAGGAGCUGGUGCGCCUGCUUCCCAUGCAGCCACCUCCAGUAUGGAAACCAGUGCCAAACUGGCGACCAAGGCCCCAGCAGCCUCAGAGACUGGCACAGCCAGCUGCUACAGUCAGAGGGGGAUUUCAUAACUGUCCUGCAGCUGUGCUUUUGGGGAACUUUAACAAGUUCCACCAUCAGGCACAGGCAAAAGCCUCAGGCUAAGCCUCAAGCUAAGCAACAGCCCUUGCAAUUUGCUGCCGCAGGCCCACGGCACAUUUUCAGGGAGUCACCUACAGUUUUGGUGCCAAAGCACCACAGACAACUGGGUGUGCACUACUGUACAGACCGGCUAUUCUCUGCAAUUCAAACCAGGGCGUGACUACUACUCUAGUCACAGACCCAUUAUUAUUAUUAUUAUUAUUUAUUUCUUAGCAGACGCCCUUAUCCAGGGCGACUUACAGUCGUAAACAAAUACAUUUCAAGAAUCACAGUACAAGUAAUAAUGCAAUUAAGAGCAAGAUAAAAUACAAUGACUUUGGUUCAAGCAAGUACAAGUGUGACAAAAUACGAUUCAAUAAUACAGCAGAUAACAGUGUCAGUGAUAGCUACAUCAGGAUAUAAUUAAAUACAAAAUACUGCAGAUUAAAUAACACUUGACAGAUUACAGUACUCUAAAGUACAGGAUUAAAUGUAGUAAAAUAGGGGGCAGAUAAGAGCAAGUCAAGCGCAUUUAAGGAAGGGUGAUGUGUCCCAGGGGAAAAACAGUUCUACAGGUGCUUUCUGAAGAGGUGAGUCUUGAGGAGGCGCCGAAAUGUGGUCAGGGACUGGGCAGUCCUGACAUCUGUAGGAAGGUCAUACCACCACUGCGGAGCGAGGGUGGAGAAGGAGCAGGCUCUGGAGGCAGGGGAGCAUAAAGGAGGUAGAGCCAGUCUUCUAGUGCAGGCGGAGUGGAGAGGUCGAGUGGGGGUGUAGGGAGAGAUGAAGGUCUGGAGGUAGCUGGGUGCAAUCUGGCCAAGGCAUCUGUAGGCUAGUACAAGAGUCUUGAACUGGAUGCGAGCAGUGAUCGGGAGUAGUGGAGUUGCGUGGGAGAAGCGAGGCAGAGAGAACACCAGGCGAGCAGCGGAGUUUUGGAUGAGCUGGAGCGGACGUGUGGCAGAAGCAGGGAGGCCAGCCAUGGUGUUGUCUCAGGAGGUGACAGCCCUGCUACAAAAGCGGGCUAUUUGCAUGGUACACCCUCUUCAUCCCAAGUGGGAUGGCGGCCUCAAACCAAUCCUCGACCUCAAACAGGUCAACCUGUAUCUGAGUCGAUGGAGGUUCAAAAUGUUGACCAUGCGACAACUGUUGCAGUCAGUCAGGCCAGGCGAGUGGUUCACCACGUGGACUUAAAGGACACGUAUUUCCACAUCCCCAUUAAACCAGGCUCACAUGGAACUUGUCACAUACCACCUUCAUCAGUUGGGCCUGUCCAUGAAUUGUGCAAAGAGCCAGCUCUUACCCUUACAGUCAGCCUCCUAUUUAGGAGUGCACCUGGUCUCCACGUCCAUGCUGUCCACACUGUCAGACGACAGAGUGCAGAGAAUAGCCGCUUGUCUAAAACAUUUUCAGCUCAACACAGUAGUGACAUUCCAGAAACUUGGGCUUGAUGGCAGCAGCUUCCCAGACCCUUCCUUUGGGUCUUUUGCACAUGUGCCCUCUCGCAAGGGCUCCAUAUUAAUAUUUUGGAGCUGCAGGCAGUGUUUCUAGCCUUGCAAAAUUUUUACAGGAGGUUCAUGGGAGACACAUGUUUGCCCGGAUUGAAAACACUACUGUGGUGGCUUUUAUAAACCACCAGGAUGGCCCCAGGUCCCCCAGUCUCCAUAGAGUAGACCGCAAGCUGUUGCUAUGGGUGCACGAUCAUCUCCUCUCUCUGCGAGCAGUACACCUGCCUGGGGUGAUAAACUGGGCAGCAGACCUCUCAAGAAUGCCAGAGCGGCAUCACCACGCAUUCCCAGCAUGGGUACAAGUACUGCAAUUUUUACAGGACCUCUUUGAUGAUGGGAACCCCCCCUCUACAUCAAAGGUCUAUUUGGCCAUUUUGGCUUGCCAUACUAAGAUUGAUUCAGUCUCCCCAGGAGCUCACUUCCUGGCGGGGCAAUUUUUAAAGGGUGCUCGGCAGCUUUGGCCGCCUCUGAAGGAUUUUGUCCCUCGUUGGAGGCUUAAUGUGAUGCUUGAAGCACUUAUGAAGACCUCCUUUGAGCCCUUGCAUUCAGCAGAGCUGAAAUAUUUGUCUAUGAAAGCGGCUUUCACAUCUGCUAAGCGGGUGGGUGAGAUGCAAGUAUUUUCAAUUGCAAAAGUCUGCUUAAUUUUUGUAGAAGCCAGGGCAAAAGUUAUGCAUUGCACCAAUCCUGCUUUUUUGCCAAAAAAACAUCUUGACAUUCCACAUUAACCAGAUGGUGGAGCUUGAGGCUUUUCAUGAUCCUCCUUUCUAGGCUGACAAGGAGAGACAGCUCCAUACGCUUUGUCCUGUGCGGGCUUUAGCGAAUUAUGUGGACAGAACUGAGAGUUGGAGGCAGUCUGAACAGUUUUUCAUCUGUUAUGGGGCUAAGUCCCAUGGGAAAACUUUGUCUAAACAGAAGCUGUCAAAAUGGAUUACAGACACAGUUAAGACUGCCUAUGAGCGAGCCAACUUGCCCCCUCCAGAAAAGCUCACUGCCCAUUCCACCAGGGGCAUGGCGAUUUCGUGGACUUUGUUCUAGGGCGCAUCUGUCAGGGACAUUUGCGAUACAGUAGUGUGGGCUACUCUGCAUACUUUUAAAAGAAAGUAAGAAAGUUUACAAACGAGAGGAGGCCAUUCAGCCCAUCUUGCUCAUUUGGUUGUUAGUAGCUUAUUGAUCCCAGAAUCUCAUCAAGCAGCUUUUUGAAGGAUCCCAGGGUGUCAGCUUCAACAACAUUACUGUGGAGUUGGUUCCAGACCCUCACAAUUUUCUGUGUAAAAAAGUGUCUCCUAUUUUCUGUUCUGAAUGCCCCUUUAUCUAAUCUCCAUUUGUGAACCCUGGUCCUUGUUUCAGGUUGAAAAAGUCCCCUGGGUCGACAUUGUCAAUACAUUUUAGAAUUUUGAAUGCUUGAAUCAGAUCACCGCAUAAUCUUUUUUGUUCAAGACUAAAUAGAUUCAAUUCUUUUAGUCUAUCUGCAUAUGACAUGCCUUUCAAACACGGGAUCAUUCUUCUUUGCACUCUUUCUAGAGCAGCAAUAUUGUUUUUGUGACGAGGUGACCAGAACUGAACACAGUAUUCUAGGUGAGGUCUUACUAAUGCAUUGUAAAGUUUUAACAUUACUUCCCUUGAUUUAAAUUCAACACUUUUCACAAUAUAUCCAUGGUUCUAUCGGAUGAAUGUCGUGGAUCCACAAAACCCUGGUUUUGGAACAAGAGUGUUAAGGGCGGCCUCAGGGUCGACCCUUACAGCAUAAAUAUAGCGGUGAGUUCUCCCUCAAAAUUUUUCGCUCCAGCUACUUGUGCUGGGGUUCCUAAUGUUAACAUGCAAGGUGGCCUUGGCCAAACUUGUGGCAUUCCAGUUGUCUGCAAUAAUUGCCUUGCAACAGUUUUGGUAUUUCUACCCAUGAGGUAAUGGUUACAUUUCAUACUUGAUAGGUUGGGUUAUUAUCAUAACCCUGGUUCCCAGAAAUAGAAAUGUAACAAUUAACCUUCAAGGUCGCUGCGUCUAUGAUUGCAGCAGUCUUGAAGGAAAAAUGAUAUUGAGAUCUGUGCAUGCAGUCUAUUUAUGCCCUUGGGGCGGGCAUGACUGUGUCACAGGCUCUGACGAGCAGUCUUUGUUAUAUCUAUUCAGAUUAAUGGGUCUUUAAGGAUAAACACCCAUUAGGUAAACAAGAAAUAAGAAAAGUUGACCUUCCCCCACAUUUACAAUUGAGUACUAAUCAAUACUAAUCAAUAGCAAUUAACUUCCACAUUGAGUCUUUUAAAAGUCAAUUGAAAGAGUCUUUUCCUAUCAUCCUGGGUGCUGACGUUUGUAAUGCUGUACUACCGUACCGAGGCCGUAAACUGUCAAUGAAAACAUGUUGCAAAAAUAGCAAAUGCAACUGAUUCAUGAUGUACAUGUGACCUUUCUUAAACCUCAAGAGCUAUCACUGUGUAAACUGGGAUAUGUAUUUCUUUAUCGAGUUUAAUCAGAGAUUACAUUUAGCCCAGGACUACAAUCUCACAAUUCACCCCAGAGAUGACACAUUUCUAAAAGAGUUCAAUAAAAAUGAUUUCAUAUCAAAAUUAUAAAAGACAGGUAAGACAAAUAAUGACUUCAAAAUCUAAAUGUUUUAGUUAGUUUGAUCAUGGCAGGUUCUAUAUUAAAUCACACUGUCAGAUUUGCUAUUGAUUGAUACUCAAUAAUUGUGCAAACAAGGGAAACCGAGAGACUGCAUUGUGUUGUGUUGAGUAAUUAAUUAACAUGUUUUAUUCCAUUUACUUAAUACCUAACUACAAAUUUCACUGAAAAAGACUUCUAGUCAAAGCAUUUGUCAUUGAACCUGUUAAGUUUCUUAUUGUAUUUCUGCAUCACUGGUAGAUUCUAUUCAGGGUAUAUGGGAUGGGUUGCUCAUUAUCAAACAUGUUUGAAGAGGGGCAAUUAUCUGUUCAGAGGAUCCAAGAUAUUUAUUGAGCAGUGGGGUAAAAUGGAUCCUACUACCCUCAGAUAUUCUGCAAUUAUUUAUCAGUAAAAAUACUUGUCGGAUGCUCGUAAUAUACAUGAAGAAAAACACGAAAAAGAACAGUCAGACAAAACUCCAUUUUCUUUUUCAGUACAAAGAUUUGUCUGUUGUGUGUUUUUUUAUUAUUAUUAUUAUUUCUUAAAUCUGCCUCCCAUUUUUCUUUACUGGUGGAGUUACCUGCAUAAGAACACUCUCUCUAGAAAGAAGAUGAUCGAAUAGUUCAUGACAAUUAACUGCUUUUUACAACGGCAUAUUUGUAUGUUUUUGGACUGAAGCUUUUUGUACCUUUUUUAGGCUUUUUUACAAUUCCUGUGAUAGCAGUGCCAUAAUAUAAACAGAAAUAACAUUCUGCCUUUCCGAUACUUCUGUUUAAAAGCUUUUUUUGUACAAAUUGCAGAGAACAAAAAUAACAAUCAGUUACAUUUUCUACAAGAGACUGGAGAUGAUUGCACUCGUAUGUAUAACAGGAAACCCCACCUAUUGUUUUGAAAUGUACAUUUACAGCUGUUUAAAUUGUAUGAAUUUUGCUUGUUUUUUGUGUUUUCUGAAUAUACAUUGAUACAAA